CAUGGUGGAAAUGCCUUGAUGACUAACUCUGCGUAGAUUGACUCGUGGCCGAUGUCAGCUGCUGUUGAUGAAGAAGUGAGAAAGUGGGUUGGGGAAGCCUCGAAAUGAAGGUGACGAGUCAUCGGUAGUGACUCUCCCGUUGAUCUGUUACGGCAUCAGAGUCGCUAGGAGGUGCUCAUCCUCAAGCGACAUGCAUGUGGGCUCCUUCGUAAUGUGUUGGCCAUGCUAGUAUGGUCAUAUACUAUGUUAUGGAUGGUUGGCAAUUGGUUUCAGGGCAUAUGGGGUACUGAGUCAAAUCUGAAGAAAUAUGCGCAUCGUGGGACAGGGCGAACUGUAUCUUCAGUGAGCGCACUGAUUGCAGGACUUGCGGUGGCGUUUGCAAUGUUUGACUUACGUGGUGACCUAAUAAGCAGUCCUCAGGACUUACGUGGUGUUGUCCACGAAGGGACGAUUCCUGUCCUUUUUGGAGACCAAGGACGGGAAUUCACAAUGUUUCUCUAUUUAGAGCUUUACAGUGGUAUGUCUUUGUACGUCGCAUAUGUCGCCAUAUGUGCCGCCCCCAAUGACUCGGCUGCUAUACGUGCAAGGCGAACUGUAUCUUCAGUGAGUGCACUGAUUGCAGGACUGGCGGUGGCGUUUGCAAUGUUUGACUUACGUGGUGACCUAUUAAGCAAUACUGAGGACUUAUUUGGUGAUGUCCGCGAAGGGACGUCGAAUUCAUGUUCUUGUUGGAGACCAAGGACGGGAAUUUACGAUGUUUCUGUAUUUAGAGUGUGGGAACAGGAAGAUCUUGUUUUCGGUGUAGACCGUACAGAGCCAUGCACAAGGCCGCUGGCUGUGAAAACAAAAUCUGGCUGGAAACGGUAUUUGAGAUACCUGAGAACAUGCCGGAGCGCAUCAGUGGAGACUACAUUGUCUGGCAUCGGUGAAAGCCCGUCGGCACUCUUUCAACAAGCGGCAGGGCAGCCGGAGUGUGGACUUGAGCGGGAUGCGUCAUGUCGUGGAGGUCGCUCUGAAAUUACAGACAUGCUAUCGACAUUGUGGCAUGAUGAGACUGUGGUGGGAAUUGCUGCAAUGCUCCAUGCAUCAAGUCUGCAUGUGAAUGCCAUGCUGGCCAGAAGUCUUUUGAACUUGUAUUCACGAAUUGAGUUAGAAUUACAACAUGCUGGGGUGAACAUGCUUCUGUCGCUGCUAAUUAGCUGGAGCUCUGAGCGACGAGUGUUAUUGGGUAUGGCAGUUGAUAAUCCCGAUAUGUUCAGAGACGAAAAUGGCUCUUUUGACUCUUUGUGUAAUGUAGCUGCAAGCACGGAUUAGUCGUUUAACGUUUUGGCGUGUUUGGGUCAAUUUGAAGGAUUGCUUCUUGAGGUGUUUCUCACUGUGUUCGUGUGCAUUGUGAGAGUCAAUGGAAGCAGAUAGGAAUCUUUCAGUUUACAAACCAAUGGGUGGGCAGAAUCCACAUCCAUUGACCUGUCUACUGGAACACCCAACAGUUGUGUCGGGGAUGAAAACUCGUCAUUUUUAUCGAAUGAACUAUGCAUCACAAG